CAUCAAGUCGAUAGCGAUUGACCUAUGUGCCUCAGAUAAUUUCAUGUUUGUUCGACCUGGUCGUUUGUCUUGGUCAGUCUCGCGAGUUACGUUUCCGAGAUGGUGGGUCUGAGUUGUUUUAUUUUUAUCGUGUUCGCUAUUGGGGUCUUAUCUGAAGAAUCCCUUCUAACACCAUGUGAAAUCCAAGACACACAGUGCCUUAGUAAGACAACUCAGGAGUUUUUGGAGAAGACCAGCAAUGGCAUACCACAAUAUGAUAUCAGAGCAAUCGACCCACUCAAUAUACCCUCGAUUGACUAUGUCCUGAUCGAGAAUCCAGAGGCGAAAAUGCAUCUUAAGAAUAUAAAAGUUGUAGGAUUGAAAAACCAACAGUUCUCUCAGUUCAAAAUGGACAGAGACACGAAGACAGUGGAUCUACAGACCAAGGUGGACAUAAAGGCAGAUGGUGAUUUGCUUGUCGAGUUGGGAAAUGGGAAAACCUUCUCCGGACCAUACUCAAUUAAAGGAACUGUGUUGGGCACCGCGAAAUACGGGUACGACUUCAAAGUGGACGAGAAAGGGGUUGAACAUUAUGAAGUCGGCCCUGAGACGAUCACGUGCCAGGCCGUGGGCGAACCUACGGUUACCGUGGGUCCGGAACUCGAGAAGGAAUUGAGCAAUGAUAAAGAUAUAACGGACAUGCGUCGUAAUUACGCAUCUAAAUCCAAGGAGCUUCGGGAGAAGGAGAUUUGUGAGAUAGUAAAUAGAGCCUAUGUCACAGUCGUACACAACAUUCGGGCCUCAGCGAAGAUACUACCGAAGAGCGCUUUCUUGAAGGGAGUUUAAACUGCGGUCGCUUUUAUGCGACUUUUUAAUUGGCAAGAAUUUAGGUGACUUCAAGGUAUGAAUGAAUUACAUUGUUUACAAUAAGAUGAAUAAAGAAUUUGAUAAUUUAAUUAUUAAGUAUAACAAAAGCAUGUAAAUCAAAUAACACUUGUAAUCGAGUGAAGAAAUAAAAGGCAUUCCGAUUUCUGUCUGA